AAGGCAGAGCCGAUGGAAAAAAUAAAAUAGCAAAUCCCUAAAAUUCAAGCAGAAGCAGAAGCAGAAGCAACACACACUCACAAAUCUUGUAGAAGAAGAAGAUGGGGUUACAAGGUCAACUCUCGGACGUUUCCUCCGAUUCAAUCCCUCUGAUGCUCGUCGCUCUCAUCGCUACUUUGUUCAAACACGUCCGCUCUUUCUUCCUCCGCUUCUCCUCCUCCGUCGUCGUCGAAGAAGAUGCUUCAGCCUCCUCCGUUUACUCCAGACUCGCGAACCUCGCCGACCAGCUCAAAUUCAAUCGACUCUUGUCAUACCUCUACGCUGAUAACGCCGCCGCCUCCGAUUGCAUCGUGUGUUUGUCUACACUCAAGACCGGAGAAGAAGUGAGGAAGCUGGAUUGCAGACACGUGUUCCACAAACAGUGCUUGGAAGGUUGGAUCCAGCAUCUCAAUUUCAACUGCCCCUUGUGUAGAUCUCCAUUGAUUGCCCACGGAGGAUGUGAUUCGAUCCCUCUUGUCACUGCAUCUCAUUGAUUUUUUCC